AUGGAUCAAAGUAUUGAACAAUUCAAGAUCAUCACUAACAUUGAUGAUGAUAAUGUAGCUAAAUUUUAUUUGGAAAGCGCUCAUGGAAACCUUGAAACAGCUAUUUCGAAUUAUUAUCAAUCCGGAGGAUCUUCCUCUAAUUUAAUGCACGACGAUGAUGAUCAAACUAUGCACACCAGUUUUACUCCCAUUUCAUCAACAAGCAACCCAUCACAAGGAAGAACUCUUGGAAGCACUUCAGGAGGAUUGUCAUCAGCUCCACCAAAAUCAACUGAUCAACCCGUUUACAGUAGUAGCAAAAAGUCAACCACAACUUCUUCCGGAGGUAAGAAAUUUGCAAGCCUUAGAGAUUUGCAAAGUGAUGAACAGCCAUCCAAUCCAAAGGACAAUAGAUACUAUGCAGGAGGCAGUCGAAACUCUGGUCAACAAAUCAUUGGAGCUAACGAUGAUGACGAAGACGAAGAUGAUGAAGAAAAUCACUUUGCGGACAAGAUUUUUAAAUCUGCUCAAAAACAAGGAGCUAAAUCUGCUUCUGAAUAUGAGGAUGAGGUGAGACGCAACCAACCAAAAUUUGCAGGAAGCGGAAGAAGAUUGGGUAAUACUGACAAUGCAUCUACAGUCAUACCAGGAGAAAAGAAACCAGAAGAAAAAGUUGUAACAAUCGUAUUUUGGAGUGACGGAUUUACUGUUGACGAUGGUGAAUUGAGACCAUAUGAUGCACCUGAGAACAGAGAAUUUUUGCAAUCCAUAGAUAAGGGAAUUGCACCAAGAGAGCUGUACACCAGUGGAGCAGACAUUGUGGUAAAUUUGCUCAACAAGAAGACAGAAAAAUGGUCAGAGCAACCAAAACAAUUCAAAGCGUUUGUUGGAUCUGGAAGAUCUUUGGCGACCACUUCAUCUUCAGCCAGCUCGUCAUCCAGUAGUUCAUCGUCAGUUGUGAGUACACCAUCUAAUUACAAGUUUGAAUUAGAUCCUAACAAACCAACAACCACGUUGCAGAUUAGAUUGGCAGAUGGAGGUCGUUUAGUUGGAAAGUUUAAUCUUACACAUACCGUUAGAGACAUUAAGGAAUAUAUCAAGAGUCAAAAACCCUCCUCUGCUGCGUUUGACAUUAUGACACAAUUUCCAAACAAGGUCCUCACAGAAGAAAAUUCAACAAUCGAAGAAGCAGGUUUGAAAGGUGCCACGAUCAUUCAAAAAUUAAAGUAG